GCACAUGCCAAACGGCGCCAUCUCGCCCCCGCAUCUCAUCUGACAACGUGUGCGAUCCGUCCCCGAUCGGCGCUCUUCUGCCCCCUCGUGGCGCGCGCCGCGCAGCUGCAAUCAGGAAACGUGUCCGAUGCACUUCGAUCGGCGCUCUUCUGAGAACCCGACGCGCGCGUGCAUACACUGCUCUCUGUACUCCUUGCCUAAUAUGCCUCGCUUGGCUUGCUUGUCUGUGUCUACCGAGAUCUCGCGCAUCGCUCUACAGCUGCGUCCGGCUCCGCGCGCUCGGCUGGCGUGUGCCGUCGGGCUGCACGCUCGCCGCGCCCUGCGAUCCGCGAUCUACGACCAGCGCAGUGCCCUCUGAGCUCUGCUCUGAUCUGCUCUGCUUUGCACGGGCGAUGUUGGACGGGCAGGCGACCCCGCCUGUCCGCAGCCCUUGGCUCAUUCGUGAUCGGAUGCGACCGAGGGCCCAAGUCCUUCUGCGCGAUCGGACGUGCUCGCGCUCGGAUCCGACAUCGUCGACGCGCGCCUCCAGCGCCGUGCGCGGAUCAUGAGGGCUCACAGCGGAUCAGAGCAGAUGCCGAAGAGCUCUCGCUAUCGGCCCUCGACGACACACGGACGUCCGUGGAAGCUGCAGGUCCCCCGAUCAUGCACUCCGCGUCAUGAUUACAGUGACAAUAGCUGAUACACAUGUCUGCGUGCAGAUAACCGACGUCUUCUAUCUGCCCC